AUGCUAUCAACUGUGCCUGAUUUUGGUGCCUUUAAGAGUUUGGGGACCCUUUACUUAUCUGAUGUUAGAUUUGAGCCCAAUGUUUUUGAAAGCCUUAUGCUUGGUUGUCCAUCGCUUGUGACACUCGACAUUUCACAUUGUUCGGGUUUAAAAAGUAUCAAUGUCUCUUCUCCUGUUCUCGAAAUCUUAAAUCUACAAGGUGAUCAAGCUACUGAGUCAAUUUGUUUGGAGAAUGCUAAGAAUUUGACUGAUCUUGCACUCCUGGCUGAUAGACCUGGAGAUAACUUUGAGAGAGACACAAUAUCUAAUUUGAUCAAGGGCUUGUCAAAAAUUAAAAGCAUUUGUCUCGGAGAAGGUUACUUUAAGAUCUUCUCUAUAGGUUUUCCAAAGAGGCUGCAAGGCUCACUCAACUGCUUAAAACAUGUAGAACUGUAUGGUGUGGAUUUCACCGAAACAAGGGAGCUUCUAUUUGUUAUUUCUUUACUUAAAAGUUCUCCUAAUAUAGAGAAACUUUUAAUAGAGAGUCAUAGCAAUAACUUGGAUUUAGGACUGCAACAUACAUUGGAUGAGUCAAUUUACGACCGUUGUUGCUUUACUCAGCUUUUGACUGUGAACAUCAUAGUUAAAAAUGCGUGUAACAGUACACUAAAGUUCAUAAAGUUUUUGCUGGCAAAUUCCUCAUCCUUGGAGAUCCUUUCUUUUAACGUUGAUCUUGGUAAAGAUCACUAUUUGGUACCACAUAUUUCAAGGGAUUUGCAGCAAAUGGAACGAGCUUCACAAAGAGCAGAAGUUGAAUUCAUUUAUGAUGACAUGAUUGAUUAG